CGUUGUAACGGUAGUGACAGUACCGAUAGUACGUUUCCUAACCUUAAACGGUUUAAAUAAUAUUCUGUAAUUACCUUAAUUCAAGGGAAACUGUGUGUGCAUCGUUGUAAUCGCAAAAUUCGUAUUUCACACAUCUCAAAAUGUCUUACAUGCUAUCGCAUUUGGAAAACGGCUAUCAAGUUGAUCAAGCCAUUCUAUCGGAAGAAGACAGAGUUGUAGUUAUUCGCUUUGGACAUGAUUGGGAUCCGAUGUGUAUGAAAAUGGAUGAGGUACUUUAUAAUAUUGCAGAAAAAGUCAAGAACUUUGCCGUUAUUUAUUUAGUAGAUAUCACAAAAGUGCCAGAUUUUAAUAAAAUGUAUGAACUGUACGACCCAUGUACAGUAAUGUUCUUCUUUAGGAAUAAACACAUCAUGAUAGAUUUAGGUACCGGAAACAAUAACAAAAUAAAUUGGACACUGGAGGACAAACAGGAAAUGAUUGAUAUUAUUGAAACAGUUUACAGAGGUGCGAGGAAAGGUCGUGGUUUAGUUGUCUCUCCUAAAGAUUAUUCCACUAAAUAUCGAUAUUAA